UAUUAUCAAAUAUACAAUUCGAAUUAGAUUUACUUAGACAAGAAAAUGCCAAACUUUUGAGUGAGAAUAUUUUGCUCCUAGCUAAGGAAGCAGGGCUUAUGGCCAAAAUCAUGGAGUUUGAACAAUUCGCAAAAGAAAAU